GGUAUAUAAACGAGAGCGGAACUUUCCUCCGCCCAGAGCAGACCGACGGACCAAAAGCCAUGAUGCGCCGCCAGGUCACCACCGCCAUUUUACUCUUCCUGGUCGUCGACGUGUUGAGUCAGACCACCCAGAAACCAACCACGACCAAGAAACCGACCACGAGCAAACCGCCGACCACCCCAAAAGCCACCACCACGAAGAAACCCUCGACCACCAAGCCUCCCACAACCACCAAAGCACCAAUUUGCAACCAGCAGAAUUUCGAAGUUCUGAAGAGCUGUUGCAAGGGCAGUGUUGGCCGAUUCUUCACCGACGCGGAAAUCACGACUUGCACCAAGGGUUUGUCCGACCGCCGACUUCUCACCUUCACCAACUUCAACUUCCACUCGCUCUACGACAACAACAACAACUUCGUGUUCGAUUCGACGGCCACAAAGAAUGCGAUUGGACCGCUUUUCGCCGUCAAUGAAUGUCUCUUCCGAUUGAAGAAUAAUUUGAUCGACGCGAGCGACAACAUAAUUUACGACAACAUCGUCACCCUGAUCACGCCUGCCUUCUCAGCAAACAUGUUGAGCGCAGGCGCACCCCCGGCGGUCGCGUCCGCUUCUCUGCCCGCAGAAAUGACCAAACUUUGCAAAACUGUGGUCGAAGCCAUGGUGCCGAAAACAAUGACGACGCCGUACAACAGCACGUCGACGGCCACCAGCCUGACGCGUCCGUUUUUGCUGAUGCAGUGCCUGAAAAGGACCCCUCUCGAUUCGUGUCCGCCGACGCUGAGAACGACCACUGCGGCGUGCACCACCGCUGCCGCCAACUUGAAAAUCUGCGGCUAUUUCAACACCACCGUCACUUAUCUGACGUAAUUAGCUACGGGAAACGUCCAAUUGCCAGUUGACGACCUCUCUUGUUCAUUUGAAUAAAUUUAAAGAAAAUAAGGCGAAAUAAAAUAUUAGUUUUGAGUUUGAAACAA